AUCGCCCUUUAAUUUGUGCACGAGCUUAGGGUAAACCGACGCCAUGUGUCGGUCAAUAAACAAAUGUUUUACACUCCGUUCACUAAUAUUUUGGUCUUCCCUUCUUUCAAAAUUCAGUUCGUGACAUAAUACAAGUGUCCUGAAAUGAGCGAUAGGUCGGCGAUAACAAGCGAUUUGUCACCAUUCAGCUCUGGAUGUUCGGACCUGGUCAAUUUGGUCUACUUGCUCACUGAAGACGACACGCCUGCCUCGAUCGAAUGCGUGUUCCUUUUGACCUUCGUACUCGCCCUCAUCUUAACAUUCGUACUCAACGGGCUGAAAAAAUGCGGCCAGUGCUGAUUCGAAGCCUGUUUUAGUUGUCCGACUAUACCAAGAGCCAUAUGAGCAGUGAACACGCGAUGAACAACAUAAAUGCCGGUACUGUUUUAAAAUCACAUGUUAAAUCGUUCAGAAGUUCGCGCAUAAUUCUGCCAUGAGAUGUGUAACAAUGGGAGAAGUAAGAAGAAAUCUUGUAAGUGACUAUGUGGCAAGCAUUAAGGUAAUGUGCCGAUUUGCUCCAGCUGAGAUGAAAGGUACAACAUAUUGAAGAUAUUUGAGAUGAGUGAAGGUGGUUUUGAACUAUGGGAGAGGCUUGGAUGUCCGAGACAUAUUGUCGCUCCGAUGGUGGACGCCAGCGAAUUGCCAUGGAGGCUCUUAUCCCGCGCCCACGGUGCUCAGCUAUGUUACUCUCCCAUGUUUCACAGCCUCAUCUUUACAAAAGACCCCAAAUACAGGAAAGAGGCACUUUUCUCUUCCGAAAGGGAUCGCCCACUCAUUAUUCAGUUUUGCGGAAAUAAACCAGAUGUAAUGUUACAAGCUGCUAAGCUUGCCGAGCCUUAUUGCGAUGCUGUUGAUAUCAAUCUAGGCUGCCCUCAGGCAAUCGCCAAGAGGGGUAAUUAUGGAGCAUUUUUACAAGAUGACUGGAACCUCCUGUCAGACAUAGUGCAAUUGUUGUCAAAAGGGCUUAAUGUGCCGGUAACAUGCAAAAUCCGAGUUUUCGAAUCGAUAGAAAAGACUGUCAACUAUGCCCAAAUGUUGGAAAAAGCCGGCUGCAAGAUGCUCACUGUGCAUGGAAGGACGAGGGAACAGAAAGGACCGUUGACCGGCUUAGCAAGCUGGGACCAUAUAAAGGCAGUUAGGGAAAAUGUUAAAAUACCUAUCCUGGCAAACGGAAACAUUCAAUGUUCUGUGGACAUUACAAACUGUAUUGAAGCUACUGGAUGCCAAGGAGUCAUGACAGCAGAAGGGAACCUGUACAAUCCAUUUAUUUUCGAAGGCGUUUAUCCUCCUGCCUGGGAGCCGGCAUUAGAAUACUUGGAUCUAGUUGAACAAUUUCCAUGUCCUAAUUCCUACGUUAGGGGCCACAUCUUCAAAUUAUUCCAUUACCUAUUGUCUCUCUCAGGAAAUGAAGAUAUAAGGGAAGAAAUAGCGAAAGGCUCGUGCGUCGAAGACUUCAGAAGGUCUGUGCUCAAACUCAGAGAACGGUUCCUGCCUCUUCACGAAGGACAUACAAAUUGGUGCGAUCCUAAAGCCGGUUAUGAUCUCGUUUUACCGCCGUGGUUGUGUCAGCCGUAUGUACGUCCACCACCAGAGGAACAUUUGAAAAAGAUAGAAGGCAAAAAGACAGAAAUUAUUCUGCCAGAUAAAGAAAACUGCGAUACCAGUGGAUGCAAACGAGGUCCAGAAGGAAAUGAAACAGGCCUGUCAAAAAAGAAGUUGAAAAAGAUAAAAAGAUGUGGUCGUAUAUCUUUGAAUCCGUAUUGCCGCCGGGAAGUCGCAAUUUGUUCCAAAUGUCCUAACCCAAUGGGUUUGAAAUGUGAUUCGCACCUCUGUAAAACGUGUUGCCGGACCAAGUGCUACACCGAUGAGGCUGAUUGCCCUGGUCAUGGCAUUUUGAUCAAGACCAGGAGGGAAAAGGCGAGGAGAAUGGCAGCUGCGCAAAAUAGUCUGGACAACAGUAAAAACGAGAGAUGAUUUGAACUGAAAAUCGUCAAUUUACUCUAUUUUACGGACAGAAAAAAAUAAAUAUUUUAAAAGACAAAAAAUGAAAAUUCUAAAACAAAACUUUGCAAUUUAAUGGUGGCCAAAAAAUUACAUAUAAUUUAUAAGCAAAAUAUUAUAUAUAAAUAAAUAGUUUUAUAUUUACAGUAGUCGACGAUUAUAUUGAACUGAGUUUUUUAUUAUUAAAUGAACAAUAGAAAUUCUUUAGAUUCAGUCUUAACUGAAUAUUUUAAUAUAAACUAAGACAAAUUUGUAAAGAUUGUAAUUAUAGGAUGUUUUAAUGAUACCAUAUCAUUAAUUUUAUGGACUUGGAGAAAAAAAACUUAUUGAGUUUGUGAAUUGCAGCCGCUAUCUAAUAACGUAAUAUAGAUAAGAUUAAUUAUGUACCUAGUCGUUUUGUACAUAGUUUUGUUGUAAAAAGCAUUGUAUAAAUUUGUUCAAAGAUAGUGAACAAAAAUGAGUCUAACUUGUUCUAUUUAUUUUUACGGUCUGUGUUUUUAUAAUAAAAGACGUUGCUGAUUGCCUGCGA